UCCAAAGCCGCUUGCAAAAAGCCGCUGGGACUCGAGUGGAAGAAGUUCGCUCACAAAGCCAGAGGCUUCACCCUCCUCGUGUGCACCCACGCAUCCCGUCGCCUCUUCGCGUUCCACCUCUCACUCUCUCUGUCUGUCUGUCUCUCUGUCUGUCUCUCUGUCUAUCUCUGUCUGUCUCUGUCUCUCUGUCUGUCUAUCUGUCUCUCUGUCUGUCUCUGUCUGUCUGUCUCUGUCUGUCUGCUCAAGGACGCUCGUGCCAACGAAGGGGUUUUGCUCGUCAGAGUUAAGUUCGCAAUGUCCGGACAUCACUGGGGGUAUGGCGAGGAGAACGGCCCCGCCGAGUGGCACAAGGACUUCCAGAUCGCCAAAGGGGAGCGGCAGUCGCCCAUCGACAUCCAGCCGGGCGAGGCGACGUACGAUGCCACCCUGAAGCCCCUCUCGGUGAUCUACGACCCCGCGUCUGCCCUCAGCAUGGGCAACAACGGCCACUCCUUCUCCGUGGAGUACGACGACUCCGGCGAGAAGUGCGUGUUGAGUGGGGGGCCCCUGCCCAACCCGUACAAGCUGAAGCAGUUCCACUUCCACUGGGGGGCUGCGGACGGCAGUGGCUCUGAGCACACCGUGGCCGGCAAGACGUACUCCGCUGAGCUGCACCUCGUCCACUGGAACUCGGCCAAGUACAAGAGCUUCGCGGAGGCGGCCAACAAGAGCGAUGGCCUCGCCGUUCUGGGCGUCUUCCUCGAGGCUGGUGCGGAGAACCCUGGUCUGAAAAAGGUCACGGACACUCUGAACAUCAUCAAGAGCAAGGGAGCCAAGGUGGACUUCCUCGACUAUGACCCCUCGGUUCUCCUGCCCAAGUCACUGGACUUCUGGACCUACCUGGGCUCGCUCACGACCCCGCCGCUCUUCGAGAGCGUCACCUGGAUCGUGUUCAAGGAGCCGAUCUCCGCCAGCAAAGAGCAGUUGGCGCGCUUCCGCGAGCUGCUCUUCACGUGCGAGGGGGACAGCGAGAACUGCAUGGUGGACAACUACCGUCCGCCACAGCCCCUGGGCGGACGCACGGUGCGCGCCUCCUUCCAGUGAGGAGCGCAGCGGUGGGGAGCACGGAUAAUCAUCAUCACCCACUGCCCGUGGCUUCCCAACCACCAGCGAGGAAACACACAACCCUCGCGCACACGAAACCUGCACCGCUCGCUCGUGUAGCCCCUCUCCUCCCUGCAUCCAGUGCCGGAUUAUGCUAGUGCGGGGCCUGCGGCAUAUGUUAAAAAGGGGCCCUAAAUAUAAAAAAAAAACAUACACAAAUAUGAAACACAAUUUUGUUUUACUUGCAUAGUAAAGUAAUUGUAUUUUUCCAUUUGCUAUACCGCCGGAUAAUACGACAAAUCGCUAACCUUAAACACCCAGGCGUUCAUAGAAGUUGAAGGCGGUAUAGUACUAUAGUGAUAGAGCAAGUGCAGAAUCACUGAACCGGAAUUGAUAACUCGAAAACAUUUAGCGCGGGGCCCUUUAAAGUGCGGGGCCCGUAGCAUAUGUAGUUACUUUUGCUAUUAGGACAAAUCCGGCACUCCCUGCACCGCUUGUCACAUGCCUUUAACACUCGCCUAGAUAUCAGGAGGGGUUUUGUGGAUUAUCCCCGUAUCUGCUCACGUUAAGGGGCACUUAGAAACAGGAGCGCCAGCCACUGUGGUGGGGGGAGGUCGGGGGUUCGUGGGUGAUCGGACACCCGUGGAAGUGGGUUGGGUAUGGAUGGCCAAGAGACACCCACAAAAAAUACACAUUUGGACAAAAAAAAUUACGGAUCGGUCGUGCGUUGCAUGUUGCUGUAUGUUGAACUUCUUUCGCCACCGGACGUAGACCAACCGUGCUAAUCUGAGGUGCGGAGGGGGAGGUGGGGGGUUAAGGACAAUAAACGAAACGCGAAAAAAUACAUCGACCUAAACUAAACGCAAAAAAAUGUGUUGCGUUUAGAUCGAUGCAUUUCGAGUCCACACGCUGUUGCCCCUUUCAACAAGGUCACGUAAAACGCCGAUUUGUGCCGAUGAUGGAAUUUAAUGCACAGCAGCGCGCAGGCGGCAGGCUAGGAAUGCCGAGUCAGUUGCCAGUAAUUGCAUAGAUUGAACUUAAUAACAGUGCAAGUAGAACUCCUCUCAUCCAUGAUGAAGUGAGGAGUGUGCGCUUCACGCAUCCUGUGUGUAACCUAACCAACAAUCAGGGCACCCACCCCGACUCCCAAAGUGUGGCUGCGCCCCUGCUUAUAAGGCCACGGAUUGCCGCUCUUAAAGCACCUUUGUGCUUCUAGCAGGCGUCUUAAGAUGCCAUCUAGAAGCGUGCCACCGAUGCACCGAUUCACGGAUUAGUGUAAAUUCGUGACACUCGCGAAACUAACAUGCUCAGCAUCAAGUGUGUGAUAACUGAUGGUGUUAUAUUGUAACGCACAUACUAUACAAAUUAUAAUAUAAUAGAGGCUAUCUGAGUGAGAGGAAAACAAACUUUAAAAAUAGACAGUGAAAAUAAAAUAACUAAUAAUCGAUUCUUUAUUCAAAAUCAUGACGACCUAACCCCCCUCACCCACACAAAAUCAUCGGUCGCUGAGAUAAGAGAUAUUUACACGCCUGGUUUCUGGCCUCGGAAGCAAUUGUGUGACUUUCAAACGCAGCUCAAAUUGUCUCACAACCAAUGGAUUCCUACAUCUUAACGAUGACAUACCCCGGUAAACCUGAAAACUCUGGGACCAACGUUGCCACGUUGUUGGAAGCAUCUGUGAACCAACGUUCCACGCUUACUGGCCAUGGAUUUCCGUACGACAUAAUGUACACGUGUGUGUGUGUGUAUACACAUUGCACAUGUACAGCCCGAUUUUCAAUCCACUGCUGGCUGGACGAGGGCCUCCCCACGCCUUGCGGGCCACAAGGGGUUAUAUGACCACAAACAAACCCACGUCUGCAUAUGCAUGCAUUAUUAUAGCACCUGCAGUCAUUGUAAUGUAAGCCGUGUAAGUGUGAAAUUAAUGGUAAAGCAAUGAGGACAUUACGGUAUUACGAAUAUGUAAUAAUCUACGCAGUAACAUUUCAAUUCAAUGUUCUUCAUUUCGCUAGGCAAGAGCCCAUUGAGUUAUGUUGGCCUCCAUUAGCCAUAUGUUGUAAGAGAGAUCCUUCUGUAAGUACAUUUACAAUUGGACAUAUCAGGCUGUGACACUGAAACAUAAUAACUUACACACUCGCCAAUUACAUUACAUAGUAAACUGGCCCUGGGUAAUUUAGCCUCACUAAUCCCAAGAUAAUAACCACCUCACACAUACAGUAAAAACAUACAGUACUGUAUAUAACAUCAGUGUAAUAUGAUGAAUACGAUUAAUUUUAAACACCUGAUGUGCUUAGAGGUACAACAUUACACGAAAAAAGUCCAAAUCUGUAAUCCGUCGCUAAUGGUGAGCGACGCUGUCUAAGCAGCUUCUAAGUAGCUUAGUGUCGAUGCUUGCAUUUUAAUUGAGUUUCAGUCAAUGUGGUACUUAACCCCUGAUGCAGCUAUUAAAUCAAAUAAUCCUCAACACAUUCGUCAACAACGAUGUGUGGCCUUCAUAGUACAAAUAUAAAAUAGGCGACGUUUCGGGCAACAGCCCUUCUGUAAAGCACAAUGAAAUGUACGUGCUGUGAAGUAGGGGAAUUUUAAAAAGAAAUGCGCCUAAUAUAUAUUUUUUCCCCUUUGGAGCCACAGUGUUAUUGAUGAACGUUUUGGUUGUUCCUCUGCGAGCAGCGUCACCAAUUAACAUGCAAAGAUUUUAAAACAAAGCCGCAAGCUGUACAUCGAUGUCAACAUUAUGCGACACAGGGGGGCUCAAACCCGUCAGACAGAAUGGAAAACGCCGAGCCUCAUCGCCCACCUGCCAUCAUCACGCUUCUCCUCCAGUCCACAUCUAAGAUUACCGUCACGGGCUGCCCACGAUCAAACUGCGCGAAAAUUUAACGCGUGGCCGUUCGCGACCGACGUCCCGUUCGCUGCUCCAUCGUUGAUUUCUGGAUGGGAUCGCCGCGCGAGUUGUCUGCCGACGUGUGUCGUACACCCUCCUCCACUCCACGCCGACAGCCCAAAAAGUGUGCACGUGUCCACGCAAUUUGGCAGUGGUACGGACAACAACGCCCUCGGUUCGUGCACCCUACCUCCGCCGUCGCUCAAAGGGCGAUGCGACGCGGACGGACACCGCAACCGGCGUUCAAAUUUCGAUACGAACGAAAUGCGUGGACCCCAUUGUGUAGGGCACGUGUUGUGGGCGCGUGUUGUGGGUGCAGGAGAGCAGUGCGGCGAUACCCAUUGCUGUUCUGUGCUCCUACGCUUCUCACGUCCCCUCUGCCUGCCUCCACCGAUCAACGAUUGAGCAGCGGCCAGCGGUUUCGGGAUAUAAAUCGCACGUCAUUGGCAAAAGUAAAUUGCGAAUUACGCGAACGUUCUCAAAACGUUGUAACCACUCGCAAAGGGUGAACGGGCGAAAGCAACGCAGAGUCGGAUGUGGAUAGCGGCAAGCUGUGUUAAGCUGUUGUGUCCACAUUUUCACCUGCGACGCGCUAUUCGUCUUUCUGGAAACAGAUUUACGAUGAGAAAACCUGCUUCCAAAAUGUGGCCUUUCUUCACGCACUUAGCUGGCAGGGAGUGGGGGUGGGGGGCUAAAAGCACACGCACUAUUUAAACAAGUAGCAUAGUACAAUCUGGUCACGUUUUAUGAGAGGGUGGCUUCGCAUUGAUGUGCGUUUGUCCCAAAAUCAACUGCCGGCAAUUUUAGUCUGGGGCUAAGGCAGGUUCUCUAUUAGAGUAACAACGGUGAUUUUGUAAUUGAAUGGAAACGUGUUCUUUCCCAGUGACAGACAAUCAUUAUCUUUUCAUUCAUUUGAAAGUUACGCAGAGUAAAUUCCAAUACGUGAUUGGGCCUGCUGCUCGCAUUCAUUGAUUCUUAAUAGACUCGUGAGCGAUUGCAAUUGCUUGGGAAGCCUUCAUCCAGCAGUGGAUUGAUCAUGGCUGAUGGUGAUAACGAUCGUCAUCAUCGGCCACGAUCUAUUCAAAGAAGAACAUGUGGUUUUUGUUCCAGGGCAUCCAUGAUUUAUCGCACAGCAUAAUAUUUUGUGAUUUAGCAGUAUGUGGUAAAGAGAAUAUGUAUUUGCUGUCGAGUAUAAAACAAAUGCUUACAUGCGAGUAGCACACAUAUAUAUUGUCGGGCUGUGUACAUCGUGUUGUCUGGUCUGACGAACUAAUAUCCCAGCACGUGGGGCAAAACGUUGGAUAAUCUUGGUUUUUGAUCAUCGAAGCACAUGCAGUAGACAGAUGAGUCUUCGGAGACGCAGACAGACCAAGCCUGUAAAAUAACACUUUGAUAAAGACCACAAGAAAAAUACACAGCUUAUAUAUGUGUGUGACUCCAGGAAACUGCACUCUUUAAAUGCCAUCUGCUUAUUCUAUAUUUCAUACACAGCUUAUAUGUGUGUGUGUGUGACCCCAAGAAACUGCACUCUUCAAUGCCAGCUUCUUAUUCUAUAUUUCAUAUAUCUAUAUCGAGUAUAUGCAUCUGUGUGUGUGUUUGACUUAUACGCAUUCCGAAGUUAUUGCACAGUUGAAGCCCUAAAAGUGGCAGCGGGCACGUGUAAACUGUCAUGUCGAGUUGGUGUCGCGCUGGCAAAGUUAUCUUCAACGAGAGGCGCGCACGUAUGUGCAUGUCCCACAUGCUGCACUGACUAUUCUGCAUUGCUCUGUGUAGCCGUUUGGUCAUUGGCUGGCAGCUGUUUAUAGGACUUCCUUUUAAAACAUGCUUUUGUUUCUGUUGCGCAGAUGAGAGUUAAUCGCUCAUGCAUGCACGCACAUUAAAACACAUUUUUGCGAAUGUGAUUCCCGGAAGGUCCUAUCUAAGCGUUGCGCAAUGAUUUCUAUCGAAUGAUCUGCCCCGUGUUAUCUUGUUAGCAAUAAAAGCAUCAACGAAAUGGC